AUGCCGCUGGCUACCGAAGAUGCCUCAGACCUUCUACAAAAGUUUUCAGCUGAGGAGCUUUCCUCGCCUGAGAAGAUUGUUGAUGGUCAGACUUUUGAGAAACAGGGGCGCGGUCCCAUUGGCGCCCUCAUCCGCACCGCCAUGGGCAUCCCACCUUAUGUGCGAGUUGUUAAUGAGCACGAUGAGGACAUUCUGGUGGUUGUGUCUAAAUAUCGCCCUAACCAAAUGCUUUCAAGUGCCGGCAUAACUGUCUCGGCAACCGGUAUGGGAGUCACAUUUGAUAGCACUUCAUUUCUAAGCCCUGCUUGUAAGAAGCCUCUUGCAGGCCGGGCAGAGGGUAGAGAAAAGUCCACUGGUUCCUUCCCGCUGUGGACCCGGGAAGAAGGUUUCGGUGUGAUAUCCAUCUUUAAGGGACCUCAGCAAGAGUUGUGCAUUGAGAACGACCAGAUUCCACUCGGUGCGACAGCUUUCUUUUCCGGUCAGCCAAAUCUGAGAAUCAUAGACUUCAGAGGAGUUGAGAUACCUUCUGGAAGUCAGACACAACUUCAAUAG